UUUUAUUCCAGGUACUUUCCCAGUUGAAGUUACCACUUCACUGGCUAUCACCACACCAGCUCCUGUGGCCACUUCCCUCACUGUGACCACAACUGGAGUGACUUCUGUUUUACCGUUGACAUCUAUGGCCCGUCUUGAGACAAGUUUGCCCUCUGAUACCACAAGUAUUCCCAGCACUUCUACAGAAGUUGAGACAACCACAGCUGCCCUUCUUGUCACUUAUCCCACUGCAACCACAAGUGCUGUCACCUCCUCUUUACCAGAGACAUCUACAGUUGCUAUUGUGGUGACUUCUCCAGCUGAGACCACAGUGACAGUGACUCCCACUACAGCAGCUCUUAAAACAUCCACAUCUGCUCUGGAGACCAAUUCCCCAUCUGAGAUCCCAAUAGCUUUGGGCACCACUACAGAACUGGGGACACCCACAGCAUCCCCUGUCACCACUGUUUUCGCCGAGACUACUAAAACAUCACCCAUUGCUACAGCAGCACAGAGAAGUACAGCGGCUCCAAUCACUACCCCUACAGAGACCACAACAACUUACACCUCCACUACACGAGAGGGAACAACCACAGCUGCCCUUUUUACAACUUCUCUGGCUGAGACCACAACCUCUCUGGGCGUUCCUAUCAGAGGAGAAACAACAGCAGCCAUCUCUGUGAUGACCACAACAUCACUUUCACCUACCACAGCUGCAUUGACAAAUCAUGAAAUAACUGAGGUAAUCUACCAGAACACUGUUAAGCCAUUGGAACAAAAUAAAGAUAAUAAUGUCACAACAACACAGACAACUCCUGUGGUUAAAACCACCACGACCCAAAGUACAACAUUAGAGAGUACCACCAAAGCAGCAGCUCCUGUGAUCCCAAACAAACCUGGGACCAUCGCAACGUAUCUCACAACGGGAGCAGAAUCCACCGCCGCAGCCCCAGUGACCACUUCCACAGCUGAGACGAAAACUGCAGCUACCUCUACGUUAGCAGAGACAUCCACUUCUGCUCGUCCAACCUCCUCCCUGGCUGAGCCCACAGCACUAAUUAGCAUUUCCACAUCACAGCCAACCACGAUCAUUCUGCCUCACUUCACAAUCUGCAACCACUCCUGCAGGCACCUCUACCAUAGGAAUAACCUCCACCUCUUCUCUAGAGACGACUUCUGCAGCUCAAACUACAGCAAUGACCACUAG